ACACACAGCCGCCAGGUCUGCUCAAGCAUGAGAUUUCCAUCUGGAGAGACCAGUUCCUCUCGGGAAGGCAACUCCUCUCCUAAAGACAGCUUACCUCCCGCUGCUCAUUAAGCCUCCAAGCGAGUAGCGGGUUCCAAGCUCCGGUCAGGGGCUGCUGUGGAGACAGCCUGCAAGGGCUAUGACCACCCUCUCUCCUGAGAACAGCCUCUCGGCCAGGCAGUCAGCCUCCUUCAUCCUGGCAAAGAGAAAACCGCCCAUCGACAAGACGGAAUGGAACAGCUUCUUUGAUGAGAAUGGUUACUUGGCCAAGUCCCGGGACUUCAUUUGUGUUAAUAUCCUGGAGAGGGGCCUGCACCCUGGAGUCAGGACAGAGGCCUGGAAGUUCCUCACCGGCUACUACUCAUGGCAGAGUUCCCAGGACGAGCGGCUCACGGUGGACAGCACAAGGAGGAAGAACUAUGAGGCCCUGUGCCAAAUGUACGAGAAGAUCCAGCCCCUUCUGGAGAACUUGCACCGGAAUUUCACCGAGACUCAGAACAACAUUGCAUGUGACAUCCAGAAACUCUACGACAAAGACCCACUGGGCAACAUCCUGGUGGACAAGAAGAGGCUGGAAAAGGUCUUGCUGCUGAGCUACGUGUGCAACACCCAGGCAGAGUACCAGCAGGGCUUCCAUGAGAUGGUGAUGCUCUUCCAGCUCAUGGCGGAGCACGACCACGAGACCUUCUGGCUCUUCCAGUUCUUCCUGCAGAAAACAGAGAACAGCUGCGUCAUCACCAUCGGGGUGGGCAAGAACUUGGACAUGCUCAGCCGCCUCAUCGCCCUCCUGGACCCCCCAUUUGCUGAGCACCUGACACCCGCUUCUCUCCCCACAGAAGGGAAGGGCGCGGGGGCGGUGCAGGCCCUCUUCCCUUGGUUCUGCCUCUGCUUCCAGCGUGCCUUCAAAUCCUUCGAAGAUGUCUGGCGCCUAUGGGAGGUCCUGCUGACUGGGAAGCCCUGCCGGAACCUGCAGGUGCUGGUGGCCUAUAGCAUGCUGCAGAUGGUACGCGAGCAGGCGCUGCUGGAGGGCAUGAGCGGUGACGCCAUCCUCCUGGCUUGCAACAACCUCAUCGAUCUUGACGCCGAUGAGCUCAUCUCUGCUGCCUGCGUGGUUUAUGCUGAGCUCAUCCAAAAGGAUGUUCCUCAGCCAUUGAAAGAUUUCUUUCUCUGAAGACACCAUACCCACGAUGAACAGAUGCCCUCGAUGGACAGGAUGACCUUGAAUGGCAAGGUCAGGACCAAGUCAGAUGGGGCAUGAGGACGAGGGUCCCAGCAAUACAGCUGCCCUACACAA